GCUGAUGGAGCGUAUUUAACCCGCCUGGGAGAGUUAACAGCCACAUCAAACCCACAGGCUCAAGUCUUAUGUUCAGGCGCUGAUAAAUAUCAGAGAAGGUUUCUAAGAUGCCAAACUGGGGCGGAGGCACAAAGUGUGCCGCCUGUGAGAAAACGGUUUACCACGCCGAGGAGAUCCAGUGUAACAGCAGGACUUUCCACAAAACCUGCUUCAUCUGCAUGAGCUGCAGAAAGGGGCUGGACAGCACCACGGUCACAGCACACGACUCUGAGAUUUACUGCAAGUCGUGCUAUGGGAAGAAAUAUGGGCCAAAAGGCUACGGAUAUGGACAAGGAGCUGGAGCUCUGAGCUCUGAUCCUCCGGGACAGGAUGGAGAAUCGCAGCUGCAAAACUCUAAACCUCGACAAGCCUCUUCCAACCCCAACGCCAGCAAGUUCUCACAGAAGUUCGGCGGCUCGGACCACUGCCCCCGCUGCUCCAAAGCGGUGUACGCAGCUGAGAAGGUGAUGGGAGCAGGAAAGGCUUGGCAUAAAACCUGUUUCCGCUGCGCUCUGUGUGGUAAAAGCCUGGAGUCGACCACAGUGACGGAUAAGGACGGAGAGCUGUACUGUAAAGUUUGCUACGCCAAAAACUUCGGCCCAAAAGGAUUCGGUCUGGGCAACGAGGCCAUGUUGGAGGAACGAGAAUAAACCGGCCGUUCUGCUGAAGCUCGAACUCGAUCACUGCGUCUCAAAGCUGGAAGAUGGAGGAGCUUGUGCUCAAAUCCUCAGCAACAACAUUACGAAAAUUAUGGGGGGGAAAUGUAUGCAACACUAAAUAAAAUGUUCUGUUACAUUAAAAUUCAUUAUGAAGUGAAAUUUAUAACAAAAGCAUUAAAGUUGGUUUAUUAAUGUGCUAAUUUCACAUUUGGCUACCUGAGGAAAAAAUCUGUAUAUAUUUUUAAAUCAGCUUACAUUAAUUCUGGUAAUGUCACUUCUUUCUUCAACUUGUAAAAACAAAAAGAGUCAUACUUUAAUUUAGAUUUUUAGUAAAACCUUAUUUGAAAAAUAAGAGCAAUCAGUAACAGAGGGAGUAAAUGAAUACCUCCAAACAAAUUAAAGCAAAAGUCAUAACUUGGUGAUAUGGAUCAAAAUAAAAUUUCUGAGUUUC